AUGGCGUUCAUGAGGGGAGAGCCUUUGUUGUCCAAGCUGUCUGCUCUGUCGCAAUACGUGGUUCUGCCGGGAGCCAUGAUCGCCGCUCUCUUCUAUUCGCCGCCGCGCUAUGGAUCCUCAUCUUCCUCCACCUCCGAUUCCAAGACCUCCGGUUCAUCCAAAUGA